GCAUGGAACGUUUGGUGGCACUGAUGCACAGCCCAACCAUUUCCCUUCACUCAUGAGAUAUUCGGUAACAACAGGGCAUAAUUAUCAGCCUGCAUCCGUACAUCAACUCAAAUUAGUCCUGGAAGAGAUCUCCAUGUCAUUUUGAAUAAACACAAUUAUUUUAACUAUUUUUAUGAGCAACCCCCAUUGUAAGAUUAUCAUGUAGUUCCUAUAAACCUGACAGUACACAUGGUUACAGCUGAUCACUUAUUAGGCCAUUUGCAUACAAACCAGUUGGACAAAUGCAUGUUCAUUCUCCCAGGCAACAUGUGUACUUUGUUAUACACGUCCAGUGUUCGUGUGGUAUGGCAACUCUAUCUUGUGUCUGAACAGGUCACACUGCUUCAGCCUGUGUUUACUUCCCUGAGAACAUAAAAAGCUUCCAGUUACCUAUGUUCUGCAUGCUCCAGUGGGAAAUAAAAGUUGCGCCAUCCCUUUGCAGCUCAGUAAAUGAAAUGAUCGGAGAAGUUGAUUUGUAUGAAUACGUUUAGAAAGUUUUAUCAUGGAUUGCGGUUGCAUUUGUGAGCACUCUGUGACAUGUAUGAAGCACAUGGUGCUAGCACAAAAAAAACAUGUUCUGAACUUCCUGGGUUGCUCAUUGCUGGAGCUGGAAUAACUUGUACUUAACUAAAGAAUGUCAGAGCAAAAUGGGGGAUUCUUUGCCUCAAUGUAAGUUGCUUGAUCAGCAUUCCCAUUUUAUCAUUGGUUCUGUGUCAGAGGACAAUUCAGAGGAUGAAUUUAGCUCAAUGGUCAGAGUGGACCUGGAGGAUAAAGAGAGAUCUUCAUCUCCAGCAUCCAUUGCCUCCACAACCUCGGAUACCCUUUCUGACAUGGGGUUCUCAAACUAUCAAGAGAAUCUUGCUUUGCAAAUGAGGCCCAGCAUGUCAGGUCUGCACUUGGUCAAACAAGGACGGGACAGAAAGAAAAUGGACUUGCAAAGGGAUUUUACAGUUGCCUCUCCAGCAGAAUUUGUCACUCGUUUUGGGGGGAAUAAAGUUAUUGAAAAGGUACUAAUUGCUAAUAAUGGUAUUGCAGCAGUAAAAUGCAUGCGUUCGAUCAGGCGGUGGUCCUAUGAGAUGUUCCGAAAUGAGAGAGCCAUCCGAUUUGUUGUUAUGGUAACCCCAGAAGAUCUUAAAGCCAAUGCAGAAUAUAUCAAAAUGGCAGAUCAUUAUGUACCUGUACCCGGGGGACCAAACAACAACAAUUAUGCAAACGUAGAGCUCAUCCUUGAUAUUGCAAAACGGAUUCCAGUCCAGGCUGUGUGGGCUGGAUGGGGCCACGCAUCAGAGAAUCCCAAACUACCAGAACUUCUGCACAAAAAUGGAAUAGCAUUUAUGGGCCCUCCCAGUCAAGCUAUGUGGGCAUUAGGAGACAAGAUUGCAUCUUCCAUUGUAGCCCAGACAGCUGGAAUUCCAACUCUCCCAUGGAGUGGCAGUGGAUUAAAAGUAGAUUGGCAGGAGAGUGAUCUAAAGAAGACCAAUUUAAUUGUACCUCCGGAGAUAUAUGCAAAAGGUUAUGUGAAAGAUGCGGACGAUGGUUUGAAGGCAGCUGAAGUUGUUGGAUAUCCUGUCAUGAUUAAGGCUUCUGAAGGUGGUGGAGGAAAAGGAAUCAGGAAAGUGAACAAUGCAGAAGAUUUUCCAAACCUCUUCCGCCAGGUUCAGGCAGAAGUUCCUGGCUCCCCUAUAUUUGUAAUGAGACUGGCCAAGCAAUCACGUCAUCUUGAGGUACAGAUUCUCUCUGAUCAGUAUGGAAAUGCCAUCUCACUCUUUGGCCGUGACUGCUCUGUACAGCGACGCCACCAAAAAAUUAUUGAAGAAGCACCUGCAUCAAUUGCUACUGCCACAGUUUUUGAGCAGAUGGAACAGUGCGCUGUGAAACUUGCAAAAAUGGUUGGGUAUGUGAGUGCUGGCACUGUGGAAUAUCUUUACAGUCAGGAUGGUAGCUUUUACUUCUUAGAGUUAAACCCACGGCUUCAAGUGGAGCAUCCGUGCACAGAAAUGGUAGCUGAUGUCAACCUGCCAGCAGCACAACUGCAGAUUGCGAUGGGGGUACCACUCCAUAGAAUCAAGGAUAUUCGAAUGCUGUAUGGACUCCCUGCUUGGGGGGAUUCACUCAUUGACUUUGACAAUUCACUAAAUGCCCCAUGCCCUAGAGGUCAUGUCAUUGCAGCUCGUAUUACCAGUGAGAAUCCAGAUGAGGGGUUUAAGCCAAGCUCAGGAACUGUCCAAGAGCUCAAUUUCCGCAGCAGCAAGAAUGUCUGGGGUUAUUUUAGUGUGGCAGCAGCGGGGGGUCUUCAUGAAUUUGCAGACUCGCAGUUUGGCCAUUGUUUCUCAUGGGGAGAAAACCGUGAGGAAGCCAUCUCAAAUAUGGUGGUAGCUUUAAAGGAAUUAUCAAUCCGAGGUGAUUUUCGAACUACAGUAGAGUAUCUGAUAAAACUUUUGGAGACAGAAAGCUUUCAGCACAAUCGCAUCAAUACCGGCUGGCUGGAUCGGCUGAUCUCUGAGAAAGUACAGGCUGAACGCCCAGAUGCCAUGCUAGGAGUAGUUUGUGGAGCCCUGCAUGUAGCAGAUGUUACCUUUCGCAACAGUGUUUCCAAUUUUCUUCACUCACUUGAAAGAGGGCAGGUUUUGCCGGCACAUACACUGCUGAAUACAGUAGAUGUGGAACUUAUCUACGAAGGAGAGAAAUAUGUUCUAAAGGUGACACGUCAAUCUCCCAAUUCGUAUGUGGUGAUAAUGAAUAACUCCUAUGUAGAAGUAGAUGUACAUAGGCUGAGUGAUGGUGGCCUCCUUUUAUCCUAUGAUGGCAGCAGCUAUACGACUUAUAUGAAAGAGGAAGUUGACAGGUACCGCAUAACUAUUGGGAAUAAAACAUGUGUCUUUGAGAAAGAAAAUGAUCCUUCAAUCCUGCGCUCCCCAUCUGCUGGCAAGUUAAUCCAAUAUGUGGUGGAGGAUGGUGGCCAUGUUUUUGCUGGACAAUGCUAUGCUGAAAUAGAGGUAAUGAAGAUGGUGAUGACAUUGACAGCAAUGGAUUCAGGAUGUAUUCACUAUGUCAAACGGCCUGGAGCAGCCCUGGAACCAGGAUGUGUGAUAGCUAAGCUUCAGCUGGAUGACCCCAGCCGUGUACAACAGGCUGAACUUCACAAGGGCCCCCUUCCUCAGAUUCACAGCACGGCCCUUCAAGGAGAGAAGCUUCAUCGUGUGUUUCACUGUGUUCUAGAUAACCUGGUCAAUGUGAUGAAUGGAUAUUGUCUUCCAGAACCCUACUUUAACAGCAAGUUAAAAGAUUGGGUUGAAAGACUAAUGAAGACCUUAAGAGACCCAUCCCUACCUCUGUUAGAGCUUCAGGACAUCAUGACCAGUGUGUCUGGCCGCAUUCCUCCAAAUGUAGAAAAAUCAAUCAAGAAAGAAAUGGCACAAUAUGCCAGUAACAUUACUUCUGUGUUGUGCCAAUUUCCCAGCCAACAGAUUGCUAAUAUACUAGACAGCCAUGCCGCUACUCUUAAUCGUAAAUCUGACCGAGAGGUUUUCUUCAUGAACACACAGAGCAUUGUGCAACUGGUUCAAAGGUACCGAAGCGGUAUAAGGGGACAUAUGAAAGCAGUAGUUAUGGAUCUACUCCGUCAGUAUUUGAAGGUGGAGACACAGUUCCAGAACGGUCACUAUGAUAAGUGUGUCUUUGCUCUCCGUGAGGAGAAUAAAAGCGACCUGACAAUGGUGCUGAAUUCUAUCUUUUCCCAUGCACAAGUCACCAAGAAGAAUCUGUUGAUCACCAUGCUCAUCGACCAGUUGUGUGGCCGGGAUCCCACAUUAACAGAUGAGUUGUUGAACAUACUUCUGGAACUUACCCAGCUAAGCAAAACAACAAAUGCCAAAGUGGCACUGCGGGCCCGACAGGUCCUCAUCGCUUCACAUUUGCCUUCCUAUGAACUUCGACAUAACCAAGUGGAAUCUAUAUUCUUGUCUGCCAUUGACAUGUAUGGGCACCAGUUUUGUAUUGAGAAUUUGCAGAAACUCAUUCUGUCAGAGACCUCCAUAUUUGAUGUUCUACCAAACUUCUUUUACCACAGUAACCAGGUGGUGAGGAUGGCAGCAUUGGAGGUAUAUGUGCGGCGGGCUUACAUUGCCUAUGAACUCAACAGUGUUCAGCACCGACAGUUAAAGGACAACACAUGUGUGGUUGAGUUCCAAUUUAUGUUACCAACAUCCCACCCGAACAGAGGGAACAUCCCCACGCUUAACAGAAUGUCUUUCUCUUCGAACCUGAACCACUAUGGAAUGUUUCAUGUUGCCAGUGUCAGUGAUGUACUACUCGAUACCUCGUUUACUCCUCCCUGCCAAAGGAUGGGUGGCAUGGUUGCCUUCCGGACCUUUGAAGAUUUUGUGAGAUUAUUUGACGAUGUGAUGAGUUGCUUCUCAGAUUCUCCCCCUCAAAGUCCUGUAUUUCCUGAAGCUGGUCAUCCUUCACUUUAUGAUGAAGAUGAUAAUAAGAGCUCCAGAGAUGAACCCAUCCACAUCUUAAAUGUUGCCAUUAAAACAGAUUGUGAUAUUGAUGAUGAUGGUUUGGCAGCUAUGUUCCGGGAAUUUACACAGAGCAAAAAAGCAGUGUUAAUGGAUCAUGGCAUUCGUCGACUGACAUUUUUGGUAGCACAAAAGGAUUUCAGAAAACAGGUCAACUGUGAGGUAGAUCAACGAUUUCAAAGAGAAUUCCCAAAAUUUUUUACUUUCCGUGCAAGAAAUAAGUUUGAAGAAGACAGAAUCUACAGGCACUUGGAGCCUGCCCUUGCCUUCCAACUGGAGUUGAAUCGAAUGCGGAAUUUCGAUCUGACAGCAAUACCAUGUUCAAAUCAUAAAAUGCAUUUGUAUCUGGGUGCUGCAAAGGUUGAAGCAGGCACUGAAGUGACUGAUUAUCGUUUCUUUGUCCGUGCCAUCAUCAGGCACUCUGACUUGGUUACAAAGGAAGCUUCAUUUGAGUACUUGCAGAAUGAAGGGGAGAGAUUGCUUCUUGAAGCAAUGGAUGAGCUGGAGGUGGCUUUUAAUAACACUAAUGUGCGCACUGACUGCAAUCACAUCUUCCUCAACUUUGUACCUACUGUAAUUAUGGAUCCCUCAAAGAUUGAAGAGUCUGUUCGUAGUAUGGUGAUGCGCUAUGGAAGUCGUUUGUGGAAACUCCGUGUCUUACAAGCUGAACUGAAGAUUAAUAUCCGUCUGACACCAACAGGAAAGCAAAUACCAAUACGCUUGUUUUUAACCAAUGAAUCUGGCUACUAUUUGGACAUCAGUCUGUACAAAGAGGUGACUGACUCAAGGACUGGGCAAAUCAUGUUCCAAGCGUAUGGGGAUAAGCAAGGUCCGCUUCAUGGCAUGCUGAUUAAUACUCCUUAUGUGACAAAAGAUCUGUUGCAGUCCAAAAGGUUUCAAGCACAGUCUUUGGGAACAACCUAUGUUUAUGAUAUUCCAGAAAUGUUUCGCCAGGCACUUAUAAAACAAUGGGAAUCUAUGGAAGCUCAUGCAUUUCUGCCCAAAUGUCCUUUGCCUUCAGAUGUUCUCACUUAUACAGAAUUGGUACUGGAUGACCAAGGGCAGUUAGUACAUAUGAACAGACUUCCAGGUGGAAAUGAGAUUGGUAUGGUGGCUUGGAAAAUGACCCUAAAAAGUCCAGAGUAUCCAGAUGGCCGUGACAUCAUUGUUAUUGGAAAUGACAUCACUUAUAAGAUUGGCUCAUUUGGUCCACAAGAGGAUCUUUUAUACUUAAGAGCAUCAGAACUCUCUCGAUCGGAGGGGAUUCCGAGAAUAUAUGUUGCUGCAAACAGUGGUGCAAGGAUAGGACUAGCUGAAGAGAUCCGCCAUAUGUUUCAUGUUGCAUGGGAAGACCCUGCUGACCCUUAUAAAGGUUUCAAAUACUUAUAUUUGACUCCUCAAGAUUACAAGAAAGUGAGUGCUUUGAAUUCUGUACACUGUGAGCAUGUGGAGGAUGAAGGUGAAUCCAGAUACAAGAUAACAGACAUCAUUGGCAAAGAAGAAGGCCUUGGAGUAGAAAACCUCAGGGGAUCUGGUAUGAUUGCUGGAGAGUCCUCUUUAGCCUAUGAAGAAAUCAUCACCAUCAAUCUGGUCACAUGUCGUGCAAUUGGCAUUGGAGCUUAUUUAGUCCGUCUGGGUCAAAGAACAAUCCAGGUUGAAAAUUCACAUAUCAUUCUGACAGGAGCAGGGGCUCUUAACAAAGUACUUGGCCGAGAAGUAUAUACAUCAAACAACCAGCUGGGUGGCAUCCAGAUAAUGCACAACAAUGGAGUAACGCAUAGCACCGUAUGUGAUGAUUUUGAAGGAGUGUACACCAUUUUGCAGUGGCUUUCUUAUAUGCCCAAGUGUGUAUCCAGUCCUGUUCCUAUUCUCACACCAAAGGAUUCCAUUGACAGACUCAUAGAAUUCACUCACACCAAAGCUCCUUAUGAUCCUCGAUGGAUGUUGGCAGGACGGCCUCACCCUACUCAGAAAGGGCAGUGGCAGAGUGGCUUCUUUGACUAUGGUUCUUUCAUGGAGAUCAUGCAGCCAUGGGCACAGACUGUAGUUGUUGGAAGGGCUAGGUUAGGAGGCAUACCUGUAGGAGUGGUUGCCGUGGAAACAAGAACUGUAGAGUUAAGUGUACCUGCUGAUCCUGCAAACCUGGACUCAGAAGCCAAGAUAAUCCAGCAAGCCGGACAAGUUUGGUUUCCAGAUUCUGCCUUUAAAACUGCCCAAGCCAUCAAGGAUUUCAACAGGGAAGGACUUCCCCUUAUGGUGUUUGCAAACUGGAGAGGAUUUUCUGGUGGAAUGAAAGAUAUGUAUGACCAAGUGCUGAAGUUUGGGGCCUACAUUGUGGAUGGUUUGCGUGAAUACCGCCAGCCAGUGUUGGUAUACAUUCCACCUCAGGCUGAACUGAGAGGAGGCUCAUGGGUAGUAAUUGAUCCCACAAUAAACCCAAGGCACAUGGAAAUGUAUGCUGACAAAGAAAGCAGAGGGGGUGUCUUGGAACCAGAAGGAACAGUAGAAAUCAAAUUUAGAAGAAAGGAUUUGAUUAAGACUAUGCGUCGAGUUGAUCCUGUCUACAUUCACUUGGCAGAAAAAUUAGGCACACCAGAAAUCAGUUCUGCUGAUCGCAAAGAACUUGAGACCAAACUGAAGGAGAGGGAAGAAUUUCUGCUACCUAUCUACCACCAAGUGGCUGUUCAGUUUGCAGACUUGCAUGACACCCCAGGCAGAAUGCAGGAAAAGGGAGUUAUUACAGAUAUCAUUGAGUGGAAGACAUCACGCACAUUUUUCUAUUGGAGACUAAGGAGACUGCUUUUGGAAAAUGUUGCCAAAAAGAAGAUUUACAGUGCAAAUCCUGAACUUACAGAUGGUCAGAUACAGGCUAUGCUUAGGCGAUGGUUUGUAGAAGUAGAAGGAACUGUGAAGGCCUACCUGUGGGACAAUAAUAAGGAUGUGGUUGAGUGGCUGGAGAAGCAGCUGGCAGAGGAGGAAGGCACUCGUUCUGUGGUCGAUGAAAACAUCAAGUACAUCUCCAGAGAUUAUAUCCUUAAACAAAUCCGCAGCUUGGUGCAAGAAAACCCUGAAGUCGCUAUGGAUUCCAUUGUGCACAUGACUCAACAUAUUUCACCCACCCAAAGAGCUGAAAUUGUGCGCAUUCUGUCAACCAUGGAUUCCCCAACUUCUACCUAAAAAACGCACUUUGCAGAGGGGCCCAGCCUUUGGUCGUUGUUCGGCACAAAUGCCAGGAUCAUCUGAUUAAAUGUGACCACAAGUAAAACAUCUGCAUUUCCAUGUUUAUAUAAUUGUACUGUAGUAAUGUAGCACUUUAUAGACAAUGUUGAUUCAAAACCAUAGGACAAACUAGGAAAGACACAUAGCAUGCCUGAUAGCCUUGAGAAUGACGGAGCGCUUUAGUUAAAUGUAAUUGUCUAUAUUAUCUUUGUUUUUAAUAGACUUUUUUUUUAAACAUUUCUCCAGUAUUACAUGGUUCCCUCGAUUUCCUAAAACGGUACACAGUCAAUUUUGUAGCUGGUGCUAUAAGUUUACAAAUGUAGACGUUAGGAAGCCAUUUUGAAUAAAACUCUUCUACUUGCUUUUACUCUUGAGGAUCACAAAUGGGCAGAAUUAGUGGGAUGCCUGUGAAUUAUAACAUAGUAGUAUAGCUGUACAUUGAAACGGAUUCCUCGUGGUGGGGACCUUUUAAAAUUGUAGUAUUUCUGCCCUAACUUAAUUUCUGCUACAUAGGAAGCAGUGUUAUUUAAAAACAAUGUAGAGAUUGUGCUGUUGGAACCACGUUUGGCCUGUCUUCCUUUGAUUUUAUAUUCUAAUAUAAUAGGAGCUGCGAAUGUAGUUGAAUCAUAUAUCAUUUGACUCCUUUUUUUCCCCCCGAGUGGCAAGAAAAAUCCUCGGAUGGCAGACAUCCCUCGGUCCACACACUGGUAUAUAUAAGGCAUUUCCAUCCGUUCUGAUUUUAUCAUAGUUAUUUCAACUUUUCUAACUGUCUGGAAAAUGUUUUGUUUUUUUUCAGGAAAGUUUGUGAUAAAUUAGCACAUUUACAAAUCAUAUCUUGAGUUUUCAUGUACCGAGUGGUCAGAAUAUAUUUGAUUAAUUUAAGCAGUUCUUUCCAAUGUGGUGUUACAGAUCAGAGGCAGAACCUAUUCAUUCAUUUG